AUGUCAACCAAAGUCCGAGAGAUCGAGUGUAAAUUAGCUGUGUGGUAUGUUCUUUUCUCACCAACUCUGACGAAGAAGGUUCUCUUGGCGAUGUCGGCCUGCAUCAGACAGUGGGCUGCCGUGACGACCCAGGACUCACUGAGCAGGGAGCCUCCACAGAAGGGCUGCGCUCUGCUGAGGCUCGCUGACCGAUACAUCAGCGACACCUACAAGUCCGAAGAAGCUCUGAUGGAGGGGAGCGUGGGAAAAGCCCAGGAGAGCGGCUUCUUGGCCCUUGUGAGGCUUGCUACCGUACUGCCUGUGGCCCCGUUUGGAGAAAGUGCCGGGUUGAUGGUCCUGGUGACGGAGCUCGACUGCACGCUCACGCGGCCACAGCUGAACUGCCCUGAGGCGGCAAAGAACAAAACAAGAAGGGAGGAUUUCUUCAAGAUGGCCGCUGUUGAACCUGCGCUGGCGGUGCAGCACCAUCAGACGCGACAGAGCCUGAUGAGCGGAAAAUCGAAGGGCAAAGAAGACCAUGCUGCCAAAGGUGAGUGCAAAACCCGGCGCACAGCAGGAAGUGCGAAAAGCCAUGAACACAAGGCUGCGGAGCUCCACGGGCGCAGCAUGGCUUUCCCUCUCCGGCGAUCCACCUCAGGGCUGCAGCAGUUUUAUGAACGGCACGGCUGCAUCAUGAUCCCUUCCCUCCGGAUCGAGCUCCGGACCGUUUCACCGACCAGCGUCCCGGCUGCUGCAGAUCUGGGCGGCGGAUCGUCACCUUGGGAGAGGCGCAGAGCGGCGGCAGCAGCAGCGGGAGAGGAAGGGGAGGAGGAGGAGGAGGUAGCAGCAGCAGCAACUAGUCCGGUUCCCAUCCCCGUCGGCGCCCGGCUGCUGAUCUGUUGA